AUGAAGCGAGAUGCCACACACUUCGGAGGCAUCCUCAAGGCCAUCUGCGCAAACCUGUGCAGCCGGUGGAGAGCAGCUGCAGCUAGUCAGGGACUGCCGACGGUUGCUGGAGCCGCUCUCACGCAGCCGCUGCAGCAACAGGCACAGCGACAGGGCCAUCAGGCUCUGCAUGAUGCUUACCUGCGGCAGUGGAGCGAGGCAUUACGAAAGGCCGGCCUUCUUUGCAGCUCGCAUCUGCAACCGCCGCCCAUGGCGGAGGGGGCUCAACAGGCACCGCCGGCGCCGGCGCCCUUGCCUGCGAGCGAUCAAGGCAGAGGCAGCGGCGGUCUGGAUAUCGUGGAAUCGCAUGACAGCUUGCCCAAUGCGGAUUUGGUAGCCCAGAACCUCGCUGGGAAUAUUAAUGCAAUUGCGAUUUUCGAAAAAGAUGAGGACGACGAUGACGCAGGAGAGACGGAGGACGACGACGACGUCGCCCCCAUCUGGUACGAGCGACCCGCAGUGUUGGCCUUCCUCGUGUCUGUGGGCCUGGGCCUGGGGCUGCUGCUGGUGGGGCUGGUACUGCACAUCCGUUACAGAGCCACCUACGACGCCUUCCGCUGGUGCUAUUUCUUCGCGGCCUUGCCGCUGCUGUAUUACAUCCUGGCAUACGCGUCCAAGCACGCGUUUAUGUUGCUGGAGUGGUUAUUCUUCCGGGAGUCGCUGUUCUACCUGGAUAACCUCCAACGAAGUGCGCUGUGGCUGCUCUUCUUCCUGGCUCUGCUGCCCUGGUACCAGACCGUGUUCAGGUGGGCCUGGUGCCACAAUACGGCAACCUUCCGUCGCCGUUGUGAGAGCCCCGCUUACCUGCAAGCCACCUCCGCUGUAUGGAACGUGUUGCUGUGCCUGAUGCUGUUCUGUCUGGCCAAUCUGCUGAAGGCAGUGCUAGCUAAACUGCUUACCACCCACUUUUACCGCACCGCGCACUUCAAGAAGCUCAAGAGCGCGCUGGAAAAGGAGUACGCGUUGCAGGUGCUAUCUCGCCCCCGACGGCAAGUUAUAUCCGAGCGAUGGGGCCAGCAGCAGCAGCAACAGCCGCCGCAGCAGCAGCAGUUGGAUUUUGAUGGAAACCCAAACCCGCACCAGCCCCACCAUCACAAUGCCGUUUGGUACAAUCUGGCCUCAUACCUAAAUUACCAUCACCACAACAACCACGGCGGCAGCGGCGGUGACCCCACCGCUGCUGCCAUCGCUACCACUGACGGCGCCGCUGCCAGCACUGCUUUCCAUGCAAGCCGCGUGCCGGCGGCCAUUCCGGCGGAGCAAACGGUAGGAGCGAUGGAGGAGGCGGCUGAGGGACAGCCGGAGCCGACGGCCACCACGAUCACGAACGUCAGCCCCGAGGUUGUACUGCCGCCGCCGCCGCUGCAGCAGCAGCAGCCGCUGCCGCUGCAGCUGCCGCAAUCGACACCGCCACGGGCGCUACAGCCGACGCCCACGGCGUUACCCAUCAGCAGUGUCGACGUCACGGUGGAAGCCGGCCGUAGCGCCGCCGCCGCCGCCGCCGCCACCCCUCCAGCAGUGGCGGCGGUCUCCUCCGCAGAACUGCCCUCCCGUUCACCAUCGCCCAUCGUCGCCAACCGCCAACUGGGGACCCAUGUGAGAACUGCUACAGCCGACCCGCAGCUGCUGCAGCUCACAGCGCCGCACUUGCAGCAGAAACAGGAGACGGACGCUUGUGGAUACACCGUUGCCGCUGCGGCAAGUGGCGGCGGUGGCGUCGACCCGUCAGGCAUCUCCCUGGACCAAAUUCCUGCAGCUGCUGAUGCAGCGGCAGUAUUGGCCUCGUCCGGGGAGGGAGGCGUCAGCCGGCGGCCUCGGGAGUUGCUGCCGUCGUCGUCGCUGCCGUCGCUGGCCCAGCAGCAGCUGCCGGCUUGUGUCGGGUUGUUUGCCCCGCCCGCGGUAACGACGGGUCUACGGCACCUGACUGAUGCCGAGCUGGAGAAGGUCCGUACAGCCAUCGUCAUCAAAACCCAGUCGGCGCUCAUUUCCAAGUACACCGACCGAAGCGACGAGGACAUGGCCAAGGAGCUAGGUCGUGUGAAGCGGUUCGCCAAGGCGCUGUUCUACAACGUUCUGCCGACCGUGACGAGUGGGGAGGGAGCUAGCGGAGGCGGCGCAGGAGGGGGUGGUCGCAGAGACUACCUCAUCCUCGAUGACUUUUUGCCGUUUUUUGAGGAGGCGGAGGGCGCUGGCACAUCAGCAGGAGGAUGGGGAGGAUCAGGGACACCUGCAGCAGCAGCAGGAGGGGUAGGUGGUGAUGGUCGGAAACUGCCAUCGACGGCAUCGCUACCGCACCUAGGGCAGCUGCAACAGCAACAGCAUCAAUCAGAACAGCAGCAUCAACAGAGCCAUCACCACCUGCAGGAGGGCCAGCAGGGCGGGAGCGCCCGAUAUGGAGGCAGUGGCGGUGGCAGCGGGGUUGGUGGAGGAGGAGGAGGAGGAGGAGGAGGCGGCAAGAGCCUGACUCGCAAUUCUAUAGCGCUUUCGGUGGACCCCGCACGUGCUGCACGGCAACGAGCACGGCAGCGGGCUGCGGUGGAGGCGGCUCAGAAGGCGUUUGCUGUGUUCGAUGCGGACGGCAAUGGCGAGGUCUCUCGCGCUGAAGUCAAGGAGGCCGUAGUCAAUAUCUACAAAGUGGUGCUGCUGCUGCUCGUGGUGGUGGUGGAGGUGUUGUUGGUGGUGCUGGUGGUGUUGGUGCUGGAAGUGGUGCUGGUGGUGGUGGUGGUGGAGGUGUUGUUGGUGUUGUUGGUGGUGUUGGUGGUGGUGGUGGUGCUGGUGCUGGUGGUGUUGGUGGUGUUGGUGCUGGAAGUGGUGCUGCUGCUGCUGGUGGUGGUGGUGGAGGUGUUGUUGGUGGUGCUGGUGGUGUUGGUGCUGGAAGUGGUGCUGGUGGUGGUGGUGGUGGAGGUGUUGUUGGUGGUGUUGGUGUUGUUGGUGCUGGAAGUGGUGCUGCUGCUGCUGGUGGUGGUGGUGGUGGAGGUGUUGUUGGUGGUGCUGGUGGUGUUGGUGCUGGAUGUGGUGCUGCUGUGCUGCCUUAAGGAUACGGACACUAUAGUGCAGAGCCUGGAGUUCGGUAUCGGUGGGAUUAUCCACUUCGUGUUCGCCGCCGUGUACCUGCUGAUCUGGGGGGUGGACCUGCUCACGGGCUUCUCCACCUUCUCGACCACCGUGCUGGCACUCACGUUCGUGUUCGGAAACAGCGUCAAGAAUAUGUUCGAAAGUAUGUUGUUCCUGUUCGUGACUCAUCCGUACGAUGUUGGGGAUUGCAUUGUAAUUGGUACGGAUAUGUACCGGGUCAAGAAGAUCAGCCUGCUGUACACUGACCUUGUCAAGUAUACUGGCGAGCGGGUGUACAUGCCCAACACCUCCCUCAUAGAGGAGGGAAUCAUCAAUUGGACACGAUCAAAAUCGAAGUCUGAGUCUUGCAGGCUGGUCUGCGACCUGGGUGUGGCCUGGCAGGUUCGUGAGGACAUCCAGACGGCUCUGAGGGCCUACGCGAAGGAGCACCCCGGGGAGUUUGACGGGGAGCCCUCCUGCAACUUCAGAGAGCUGGUGGACCCCCUCAAGGUGGUGCUGGUGUGCUCCUGGACCUACAACUUUGCACCGGACGAAUUUUCCCGUCUGGGCCCCGCCCGCAACGGCAUGUUGUUCAUCGUUCAGUCCAUGGCCCGAGAGCACCGCCUGCAUCACACCACGUUCAUGGAGAGCUACGUGAACACAUGA